AUGAUCAACGACGAGGGCACCACGGUCGAGGUGGCCUCAACGGGGUCGGGCGAGCAUGCGGCGCAGCAGGACCAGACCCAGCGCUCGUUUGCCACCACCGCGACCACCUCCGCGGCCGUGAGUCCGCAGCAGGUUCACAACGUCGCGCCCGCCAUCAACACGACCGCGGCACCGCCCGCUGCUGCCGCCGCGCCGCCGCGGCAGGAGGUCGAGCUGACCGAUGCCGGCACCCGUCUCAAGCUGCAGGGCAAGCUCGACGAAGGAAUGUCCAAAUACCUGGCGGCCAUCCGGGUCAACCCAUCGUACGCUCCGGCCUACUACAACAUCGCCGUCAUCUACUCCGAGCUCAACCGCUACGAGGAGGCGCUGCAAUACUACAACGCAGCCAUCCAGCACAACAAGUUCUACGUGGAGGCCUAUUGCAACGUGGGGGUGAUCUACAAGAACGUGGGCCAGCUCGAGGCCGCCAUCACCUUCUACGACAAGGCGCUCAGCAUCAACCCCAACUUUGCAAUUGCCAAGAGCAACAUGGCGAUCGCCCUGACCGACUACGGCACCUUCAUCAAAAACCAGGGCAAGCGAGUGGAAGCAGUCCAGUACUACCAGAAGGCGCUCACCUACAACGUACAGUAUGCCGACGCCUACUAUAACCUCGGCGUGGCCUAUGGCGAGAUGGGCUCCUACGAUAAAGCGGUCAUCUGCUAUGAGCUGGCGAUCCACUUCAACCCGUUCUGCUGCGAGGCCUUCAACAACCUGGGCGUCAUCUACAAGGACCGGGACAACCUCGAGAAGGCCAUCGAGUGCUACCGAUCCGCCUUGGGCAUCAACCCGACCUUCUCCCAAACGCUGAACAACCUCGGCGUGGUAUACACUGUACAGGGCAAGCUGGACGAAGCCUACGCGAUCGUCAAGUCCGCCAUCGAUGUCAAUCCGCAAUACGCGGAGGCCUACAACAACCUGGGCGUGCUCUACCGGGACGAGGGCGAGAUCAAGAAGGCCAUCGCCUGCUACGAUAAGUGCCUCGCCCUCAACACCCUCUCGCGCAACGCCUCCCAGAAUCGCCUCCUCGCCAUGAACUACCUGCCCGACGCCGACAUUCAGACGAUCUUCCAGGCACACAAGGAAUGGGGCGAAGAGCGAUGCAAGCACGUCGCCAUCAGGUAUCGCAACGACCACCAACACAACCGGCUGAUCAAGGUGGGCUACGUGUCGCCGGACUUCUUCACCCACAGUGUCUCCUACUUCAUCGAGGGCAUCCUCAGCCAGCACGACCGGUCUAACUACUCGAACGUGGUCAAGGAAGACGCCAAGACGCAACGACUCAAGCAGCUGGCCCAGGUGUGGCGCGGCAUCUACGGCAAGACCGCCGAAGAGGUUUGA